UCUUGUUCGUUGACUGCUGCCACUUUUCUGUUCAGAAUAGCGUUCCGUCUUCCCUAGUAACAGUGACGCUGCAGAAUGCUGACUCCUCAUUGGCUCAGGUGGAGCAUUAUUAAAGAGCCUCGACAUUUCCUGGUUCAUUUGUCCUGUUUGUGAGUCAAGCGAGUGUUCGUCACUUUUGUCUUUCUCUGCGGGAUUAAAAGUGGCAAACAUCUUUUUGUUUCGUGCUGGCAUCAUGAACUUGUUUUUAGUCUUUCUUCUGGUCGUGCAAAUGCACAGCGUGACGCCUGGUUCGGUCUGUACAGUGUCAUUGUCCAUAGUGGUCACUUGUGGUAGUACAGAAAGGUGUGAUGCAUUCCAGACUCUACCAUCAUCCAACAGUGAUUCACACGCUGCAGUAUUUCCACACUGCGUCCUCUCAAGUUCCAAACUUCCCAGAGUUUGUGAGUGUUGGUUAUGUUGAUGGAGUUCAGAUUUCUCACUAUGACAGCAACAGCAGGAAAGCAGAAGCCAAACAGGACUGGAUGAACAAAAUCACAGCAGAGGAUCCAAAAUACUGGGAGAGACAAACAGAGAUCAGUGUUGAUAAUGAGUUUAGUGACAAAAUUAACCUUGAACUUCGUAAGAAGCGUUUCAACCAAACUGAAGGUGUUCACAUUGUCCAGGCGAUGUAUGGAUGUGAAUGGAAUGAUGAGACUGAUGAAGUUAAAGGUUGGCGUCAGGAAGGUUAUGAUGGAGAAGAUUUCAUAUCGUUGGACAUGAAGACAUGGACAUUUACUGCAGCAAAACAACAAGCUUUCCCCUCCAAACUCAAGUUGGACCAGAACAGACAUCUACUAGACUACAAUAAGUAUUACUUCACUAAGCUAUGUCCUUCUUACUUGAAGAAGCAUGUGAACAAUGGGAAGGAGGUCCUAAUGAGAACAGAGCUUCCAGAGGUGUUCCUCCUCCAGAAGAGGCCGUCCUCUCCGGUCAACUGCAUGGCGACAGGUUUCUACCCCGACCGUGCCGACCUGUUUUGGAGGAAAGACGGCGAGCAGAUCUUCGAGGACGUGGAGCACGGAGAGAUACUCCCCAACCACGACGGAACCUUCCAGAUGUCGGUGGAGCUGAAAGUGGAGGUGACGGCCGACGUGGAGGGCAAGUACGAAUGUGUGUUUCGGCUGUCUGGCGUCAAGGAGGACUUGGUCACCAAGCUGGAGAGAAGAAGCAUCCUGAGCAACGCAAGCCAUGAAGACAACUUGAGCGUCGCCCUCGCUGCCACGGCGGUGGUCGUCGCUGUGGCGGCCGUCCUGGCGGCCAUCAUCAUCGUCAUGGUCAGGCGUCACAGAAACAGACAAGUGAUUCACACGCUGCAGUAUUUCCACACUGCGUCCUCUCAAGUUCCAAACUUCCCAGAGUUUGUGAGUGUUGGUUAUGUUGAUGGAGUUCAGAUUUCUCACUAUGACAGCAACAGCAGGAAAGCAGAAGCCAAACAGGACUGGAUGAACAAAAUCACAGCAGAGGAUCCAAAAUACUGGGAGAGACAAACAGAGAUCAGUGUUGAUAAUGAGUUUAGUGACAAAAUUAACCUUGAACUUCGUAAGAAGCGUUUCAACCAAACUGAAGGUGUUCACAUUGUCCAGGCGAUGUAUGGAUGUGAAUGGAAUGAUGAGACUGAUGAAGUUAAAGGUUGGCGUCAGGAAGGUUAUGAUGGAGAAGAUUUCAUAUCGUUGGACAUGAAGACAUGGACAUUUACUGCAGCAAAACAACAAGCUUUCCCCUCCAAAGUCAAGUUGGACCAGAACAGACUUCUACUAGACUACAAUAAGUAUUACUUCACUAAGCUAUGUCCUUCUUACUUGAAGAAGCAUGUGAACAAUGGGAAGGAGGUCCUAAUGAGAACAGAGCUUCCAGAGGUGUUCCUCCUCCAGAAGAGGCCGUCCUCUCCGGUCAGCUGCAUGGCGACAGGUUUCUACCCCGACCGUGCCGACCUGUUUUGGAGGAAAGACGGCGAGCAGAUCUUCGAGGACGUGGAGCACGGAGAGAUACUCCCCAACCACGACGGAACCUUCCAGAUGUCGGUGGAGCUGAAAGUGGAGGUGACGGCCGACGUGGAGGGCAAGUACGAAUGUGUGUUUCGGCUGUCUGGCGUCAAGGAGGACUUGGUCACCAAGCUGGAGAGAAGAAGCAUCCUGAGCAACGCAAGCCAUGAAGACAACUUGAGCGUCGCCCUCGCUGCCACGGCGGUGGUCGUCGCUGUGGCGGCCGUCCUGGCGGCCAUCAUCAUCGUCAUGGUCAGGCGUCACAGAAACAGACAAGCCCAGUACGAUCCAGCUCCUCGCAACGGCGUCGAGCUCCCCGAGAUCGUGGCGGCUGAAGGCUGAGUUAGCUCACAUGGACUGUCUGCACCUCCAAAUGUUCUUGUGUGAAGAUGAUGUUCAACUUGGAUUCAUGUGCUUCUGUUGGGAAUGUGCUGAGUCAUCUUCUUCCUCCAGGAUGCUUUGUGCACUGGAACACAGAGAGAUGUCUCCAUCGCUGAGGGACGUCAUCACACUCGGAGAUGUGCUUUGUUCUUCAUCCCACUGCUCCUCACGCUAUUCCAUGUAUUCUUCUUUGGCCGUUAAAAUACUUUUAAGAUCAAACGUCGGUGGCUAUCAAAUCAUUCGGGGCUCACGUUUCAUGGCCUUGACAUCAUGACGAGGAUUUCUUCUUUCUUUGAAUCGCCGCUGCUUAUGAUCAAUAUCACAUUGUGUCACAUCUCUGUCAAUAAAUCCGUUUGUUCUCCA